AUAGGCCCACUAGUUCCUCUCUUCUCUCUCACUUUCUCCCUUCAUCGGCAACUACAAACUCCGACGCACCGUGACGACGCGCGGUUACAAAGCAGAGAAGAAUGGGUAAUGGCUACUCUUUGACGUGCAAAAACCUCACUCUUUUCACAAUUUCAGCUGUGCUCAUCCAGAUUAUUGGUCUAUAUCUUUUCAUCGUUGGUUUCUUUCCGGUUAAGCCUUCUCUCUCCGGCAUGAGUGGAUUCGAGAGCUUCUAUCCGCCUGCCGUCAAUUCGAUUCAUUUCGAUAAUAACAUUUCUACUUUGCCUCCUCAAAAGCUCAAAUCAUUAUAUCAGGAACUAUCUGGUGUUCCUCCAUUGUAUGAUAGAUUAAUAUUAAUGGUUAUUGAUGGAUUGCCAGCUGAAUUUCUUCUUGGAAAGGAUGGGGAGCCUCCCCCUAAGGUUUUUAUGGAAGCUAUGCCGUAUACACAGUCAUUAUUGGCUAGCGGAUUGGCAAUUGGCUAUCACGCAAAGGCUGCACCACCUACUGUUACAAUGCCUCGCCUAAAGGCUAUGGUUUCUGGGGCUAUUGGGGGAUUUCUUGAUGUUGCUUCUAAUUUUAAUACGCAAGCAUUUUUGGAGGAUAACCUUAUUGCUCAAUUUCGCAGGAUUGGCUGGAAAAUGAUGAUGCUUGGUGAUGAAACAUGGCUUAAGCUGUUUCCAAAUAUGUUUGAUAAGCAUGAUGGAGUUAGCAGUUUCUUUGUCAAAGACACUAUUGAAGUCGAUUACAAUGUCUCUAGACACUUGACAAAUGAGCUUUGGCAUACUGACAAUGAUCUUCUGAUUCUUCAUUAUCUUGGAUUGGAUCAUGUUGGACAUAUUGGCGGGCGUAAUAGUGCCUUGAUGAGCCCCAAACUGAUGGAGAUGGAUAGAGUAAUUGAAUGGAUUCAUUCAACAUUAGUUCAAGAAAUGAAGCAAAGACGGACACUUUUGGUGGUAGUAAGUGAUCAUGGCAUGACCAAUGGUGGUAAUCAUGGGGGGUCUUCAUAUGAGGAGACAGAUUCUUUGGCACUUUUCAUUAGUGCUGAAAAGAUCAGUGAUGCUGAAAAUAUUAAAGAAGCUUACCAGGUUGACAUUGCCUCAACAUUGGCCCUCCUCUUCGGUGUGCCUAUUCCAAAAAAUAAUGUCGGCGCUGUAAUGACUGAUGUUUUCUCAUCUCUCAGAGCUGAACAACAACUGAGGAUACUAGAGCUAAAUUCUUGGCAAUUACUGAGGCUACUACAAACCCAUUUCACCGAAUUUGAGUGUGCAAGAUUCUCAUGCGAGUCUGGAAGUGGUAAAAAUGAUGGUGCAGAGAGGUUUUGUUGCUCAUAUUUGGCUGCCAAAUAUCUCCACGAAUCCUGGAUAUCAAAGAAUUCUUUGAGAUCCACCAAUGGAGAUGAUUAUCAGAGCAUAGUUAUGGCAUAUCAUGAUUUCCUUGGAAUUGCAAGCAAGUGGUUAUCAAGCAGAUCAACUGAUAAGCCAUUUGUUCAACUUGCACUGGGAGUAGCAGCAAUGCUUCUGUCGUCUUUGAUACUUAUGAGCCUCCUUUUCCUCCUUGGCCAAGAGAAUAAUCUCCAGGGAAGUGACUACGUUUCUAGCUCUGAUGACAAGACUCACAAGUGGCAUUUAGAGGAAUUAUUUAUUGUGGCUGUAAUGUUUAUCCUUGUAUUAAGCAUGGCUUCAAGUUCUAUGGUAGAGGAAGAACAAUACAUUUGGCAUUUCAUGACCUCUUCAUUUUAUUUGAUCUUGCUGAGAAAGACAAUACACUCCAUCACCGAUGGCAGUGCACUCACUUUGACAUCUGGGAAAAAAGUAAGAAUAAUCCAUAGCAUAUGUUGCAUCAUUGUAGUUCUAGUAUGUAGGAGAGUUCUCAGGGGCUGGCAUCAGGGUGGUGUCAACUGGGCUUAUCUACCAGACAUUUCAAAGCUACUUGAGCAGGCAGGGACUCUUUCUAUAAAGUCUCUGCAUUUGUUAUCAUUGGUCCUUGUUGUUAUCACAUUUUCAGCUGUUCUUCUGGCAAUGCGGUUGAGAAUCAAUUUAGUCUUGUUCUUACUGCUGAUAUACUUCAUUCCGGUGCUGAUAAUUUUGGAGCAAAUUUUGAAAUACCAAGAUGGCGCAUUCACAUCAUCGAGCAUUCAGAGUACUAAAAUGAUACAAAUAUUUUAUGCACUUAUAGGGACUAUUACUGUGGGGGUCCUUCUUUCUCUGCCGUGGUUGAAGCCGAUCAGAGAUCCCAAAACCUCUAAAGACAUCACCAGAGCAUCUAGUGACGCUUUACAAGAAAGUCAAUGUGAACUUCGCUGUAUUAGAGAUGUUAUAUUUGUUAUUGGCUGGUGUUAUGCAUUCUCUUGGUCUCUGUUACAACUUCUGCUACAACAGCCUAUAAAUUCAAUGCCCACAUAUCUACUUCUUGUGCAAAUUUUGGCUACCAUAUGCUAUUUUUCUGAGGGUGGCAUUCAUCUGAAGCACUGGACUAAGGUUGCUGCUCUGUACUAUUUGGGAAUGGCUGGCCACUUUGGUCUUGGUAAUACAAACACUCUUGCUACAAUUGAUGUUGCCGGGGCUUUCAUAGGCAUGUCGAGCCACUCAACUGUGAUUUCUGGUAUUUUGAUGUUCAUUAUCACGUACGCCUCCCCAAUGUUAGCUCUUCUUAGCACAUUGAUGGAUGUUUCCGUGGUGGAUGCAACAACACUUGCCAAUUCCCAGGAUGUUGAUUUUGGACAUCUUCUGAAGACGGCACUAGGAUAUCCUUGUCUAGUUCCACUGGGAUUGAAUUCCAUUGUCCUACUUGCAUACACAAUCGUGUUGCUUCUAAUGAGGAACCACUUAUUCGUCUGGAGCGUCUUCUCCCCAAAGUAUCUCUACGUUUGUGGCACAACAGCCUGCGUCUACAUUGGUGUAUCAUUCAUGGCCUUGACUGUAACUUACACGUGCAUUGUUAGGUAUUAUUGACAUCGAGUCUAAUGAAUCAAUACGUUUUUCAAAUAA